GUAAACAUUUUGAACGAGUUGAAAAUGACAGCUGAGCAACGUCUGUUUUAUGAAGAAAGCUGUUUAUGUUUGUGCCUUUCCAAUUGCAAGUGAGUGAAAACCCGUCUUUUAAGGUGCAUCCCGUGCCAAUGUUUCGUUCUAUCAAUACAACAAUGGAUGACCAAACGAAAUUGUGCCGCGUCUGUCUAGGGGAAGGUGCGCGAUACAUUUUCCAUUCCAGCUUGGUUAACGAUGAACAGUGCUCCGUGGCUUCAAUCAACUUCAUCGCAGACAAGCUUCGCUUUGUGCUGUUGCUGCCCAUCAAUGAACACGACGGAUUAGCGAUGUGGAUUUGUGAUCUAUGCCUCGUCCAGCUGAACGUGGCCUACCAAUUUAAGCGGCUUGCGCUCGAGUCAGACCAAAAACUGCGUCAUUUUGAAGCUAGCCAUCAGGAACCGUGCGUCGAAAUCAGUAAUGCCAUAACCUAUCAUAGUGACUUUCCGGACAGCUGUUUGGAUAUUGGUCCGACGGUCAAGCACGAGACCGAAGCCUCUCCUUAUUCGGGUGACCAUUCCGAUGUAAUGGUAUUGCCAAAAAUAGCCUCCGUUGAAAGUUGCUCUAUGGAAGAGUUUGUCGCAGAUUCAAUUAGUGUCUCUCCGAAAAGCUGUAAAGACAAGCAAAAGGAAUCUACCGGUAUGGUGACGUUAAAUAUCGAUCCCACGAAUCCUGAGGAAGAUAAAGCUUUUAUUCAAUCGAUAAUCCAAACACCCUUCUUGAUUUCUGUAGCAAAAUCAUCUCCACGCACAGACUUAUUGUGCGGUAAUAAAGCUAGAGACACGGGCAAAAGAUCACCGCUGACAGCAACCUCAACGAAAGGAAAACCGAAGAAAGCUACCAGCAAGCGCCAAGAGAACAAACCAGCCAACCAUCAGGAGCCACCUAGCAUUGACGAAACAGAUUUGACUUCUCUACAGUCCGAUGGGAAGGUGAACAAAACGCCUCCUUCGAAGACGAACAAGAAAAUGGCCUCCCUGAUGAAGAGCCUAACGAUCAAUAUGGUUGCUCAGAAGACACCAUUGACGCCAAAUUACGUGGAAUGUCCCACGAUAGAAGAUCAGGAUGACAUGCCUAUCGCGAAGAAAGUGAAACUAAGGCGCAAUUCUGUGUGUGCAUCGAACUACUACCAAUCCCGGUGGUAGUGGCCAGAACAAAAUUGGUUCAUCAGCAGCUUGCUCGAGAUAUUAACACGAUAGACUGGAUGAAAACAGGAAUAAGUGCGAUUUAUAAUGACGACGCAGAUUUGGUAAUCGGCAGUAUGGAUUUUUUUAAAAUUUCAUCUCAUUUAUACUUGUGGUAUUUUACCGGUACAAAUUAAGCCUUAAUUAAAUAAAGAAAACUGUUCUAUUCAUGG